UAGGCCCAUCUGUGGAGUAUAAAACAGCACGACGGGGUCGCCGACAUCCCUCAGAGCUCUGAGCAUCUCCACAGCGGACUCAGCCAUGUACACUUUCACGAAGUCGCUCACCGCGCUCUCUCUUCUCGCGCUCGUCAAGGCGUUCCCCGCCACCGGCUUGUGGGGCCUCGAGCGUCGUGCGAGUUCUAACCUCACCGGCGGCUCUAUCUGCCCCACCGGGGGCUUCAACAUCAUGGCUGAGCUGCCCGCCAACAUCAACGACAACGGUGGCGAGCCUCUCCCGAUGCCCAACACCUCGGCGCCCGUGUACACUACGCUGUCCGUCGGCAUGCAGAACUACACCUGCGGCUGUGACGGCCAGUGGGCGUACGUCUAUUUCUAAUCAAGUAUUACCGGAUUGCG